UCGGUGAAGUUUUAUAAGUGAGCAGUUGCAAGGAAUUUUGAAAUGUAAAAUUUAAGUAGUUUCAUGUGUGCAGAGUGAAAUGUAUGUGUGAAAAUUAAGAACGUUAGUUAUUUGAAACGAGUAUACUUGAUAAUUGCAUCAUAAUAAUUACAUUCUUUUCACACAAGAAUAAAGAUGUUCAAGCUUCUGAUGUGAGGGGGGUAGCGAAUUAUUCCACGAACCUUGGAAUUAACACGUCAGAUUUACCGUGUAGUUUAAACGCAUGUAAACCGAUUUGUUGGACGUUAUCCUUUAGUAUGAGUGUUUUAUGCCCUUUAACGAAUGGUUGGAUUAUUUCACACGAUCAUUUUGUUCGAAGUAUAUACGAAAGAAUUGAUGGGAUUCCAGCCAGAAGAUUUGUAUUUGAUUCUUCUUUGUUUCAAAUAAACACACCGUUUGUUAGGACGUGCUUCAGGAAGGAUAGUUCUGUGCAUGAAGUAAACUGUCUGGCUUCACCACCAAGGAAACGACGGAAAAAAACUGAAAAUGGACCAGUAAAUAUCAAAAUGAAAGACGCUGUGUAUGUAAAGAAACACGCUGCAGUGUUGAUUGAGGAGGGAAGGAAGUUUGGACACUUUGGUUACAUGCCAACUUCAGAUGACAGGGAAAGUAACAACAGGGCUGCCCAAGAUAAGGCACAUAGCUUUUAUGUCCGUUGCCCAUUCUCAUCAUUUCUGAGACUGCAUGGUGAGAACAACCUAAGCUGGGCAUUGGUCACCCAAGUGGAUGGUGAAAACUACUUGGUUCCUGCAGAAUGCAAGUUUUUCAGCUAUGAUGUGAAUGAAAUACAGAAUAAGUUGGAUCUUCUGUCACGCCCCUUUGAUCUUGUACUAUUGGACCCGCCGUGGUGGAACAAGUACAUCCGGCGCAAGAAAGCCAAAUCUGUGGGAGCUGGGUACCAGAUGAUGUACAGUGAGGACUUGGCAAAUAUUCCUGUACCUGCCCUUAUUGCACCAGGGUCCCUAGUUGCUGUGUGGUGUACCAACUCAGACAGUCAUCUUACCUGCCUUCUCACCAAAAUAUUCCCAGCAUGGGGCAUUGAAUAUGUGGGGAAGUGGUUCUGGCUUAAGGUGACAAGAGGGGGAGAACCAGUGUGCCAGUUUUCAGAGCCUCCUGGCAAGCAGCCCUUUGAACAGAUAGUGUUUGGAUACAAGAGCGGUGGAAACAGGAGGCAGCCGCUGCCAAAGCCGGACAGAGUCAUCAUCAGCAUACCAAGUGCUAUUCAUUCACACAAGCCACCCUUAUCAGAUGUGCUGGCUCCAUACCUGCCAACCAAACCAUGUUGCAUGGAAAUAUUUGCCAGAUACCUGCUACCAGGAUGGACAAGCUGGGGCUCUGAAGUUCUGAAGUUGCAGCACAUGUCUCUCUAUGUAGACAAGGAUCAUGACAUCUGAGAAAGCAGCACUGCCACAGCAUUUGAAUGGAGGAACCAAGGAAAACCACAAUCCGGUUAGCUGGUCCACAGGCCGAAAAUUGAACCUAACACAUUCCAAAUACAAAGCAUGAGUGCUAACCACUGAGACAUGAGAUUCAGUCCUGUCUCUUCAAAAUCCAUUUUAAUUAAAAGUCUUUUUAUUAAUUUUUUUCUGAAUUCUUAUGUUGUAGAGAAUUUAAAUUUGGUGACAAUGCCCAUUAGCAUGAAUGACAUUUCUUCAUGCAUAAGACAAAAGUCUGAAUUCCCAUCUCCCGGAAGAUCCUAACAUACAUGAGUAAACUUUCUUUGCAUCUCCCUCUUAUUAGUUCUGACUUCAACAACAGAAUAGUUUGUUCAGCUGUGGUGUACCUGGAGUGGCAUUCAUUGCCUCAACAAUACCGCAGUAUAUACAGGAUUUAUUAUUAAUGACUUAAAACUACACUGGGACAUGUCUGUUACCUUCUUCUUUGCAGGGUAUGGAAUCUACACUUAGGAAAGUUUUAAGGCCUCUAUUUAAGACUAUUAGGAAUUUGAUCAGUAUGGUUAACAUCACUGUUUAUUAGUCAUAAAUUUAUUUCAUUACAUGGUACAGCAAUGCUGUUCCUUAAACAUGCACAGGUUAAAUUAUCACUUAUUGUAACAGGUGUCAAAACUGUACAUUCAUUUUGAGUUAUAUUCAUACCUUCAAAGCAAGGAGCAAGUUUAUCUGGAGUUAAAUAUGACAAAUGCAGGCCAUGUACCAAAAUUUUCAGUUUCCUCAUGGUUUCAGUGAACGGUGGUUCCCUAAGGACUUUUGAUUCAUUUAUUAGGGCUUCUCUGAUAGCUAGAAAGUUAAUUCCCUUGUUGAUUCUAUUGUGGUUGCUGGGUUAUCAUAUAUUUGAAGAAUAUUUUCUUUAUAUCCCAUUUGCCAUUAAUCACGAAUAAGACUACUGCCCCCACAGGGGUCAGUUUUGGGGCCUUUGCUUUUCAUAAUUUAUAUAAGUGACCUUCCUCCUACACUAAGGACCUCAUCAAUACCUAUAAUAUAUGCAGAUGACACUAGUGUCAUAAUUUCCGGUAAAAAUUUAGAUGAUUUCUGCACGUUAUCAAACAAGGUUCUUUCACGAAUGAGUAAAUAGUUUUCUGCAAACAAGUUGUCCCUGAACCUAGAAAAACCAAAUGUAAUAAAAUUUAUAACAGAAAACUCACAAUAUCCAUUAAACGCAGGAUGUAAUGAUAAAUAUAUAGAAGGAGCAAACAUAAAAUUCCUUGGCUUGCAAAUUGGUAGUCAUUUAAAUUGGAAAAACCAUAUCAAUCAGUUGAUUCAAAAGCUAAGUAGAGCAUGUUAUGCAGUUAGAUUCACGUUACAUAUUAGUAACAUGACACACUCGAAUCAAUCUAUUUUGCUUACUUUCACUCUUUAA